UCGAAUUCACAAGAAGAUGAGAUUAUAACCCUAUAUGAUUGAUUUACGAGCUUUUUAAUUAAUGGAUAAGGUAGAAUGAAUAUAAAACAAUUAUUCCCGUCCAAGUUACUCGCACAAAAAUUUGUCUAAAUCUUUCCAAAAUCAAAGAAACAAGCAAAUGGGUACUUUCCCUGCUCUAACAAGAUCACUGGGUCAUUACUGUAUUAAAAAGUCGAGAUCCUUUAACUUUCCGAAUCCUCACGUUUACAGCAACGGUCAUCAGUACCAAACCCAUAGAACCCUCCUCAUCUUGGACUCCCUGUCCUCUGAAUCAGUCAGGCUUCGAAGAUUGUCAGAUUCGGAUUCUGGGAUUGUCGAGGUUAAUUUGGAUAGGCCUGCAGCGAAAAAUUCAAUUGGCAAGGAAAUGUUAAGGGGGUUACGUAAUGCUUUUGAAACAAUUGAAAGCGAUAUCUCUGCGCAGGUUGUUUUGAUUUGCAGUUCGGUUCCGAAGGUUUUCUGUGCUGGUGCUGAUUUGAAGGAGCGCAAGACAAUGACUCCAUCUGAAGUUCAAGAUUUUGUGAACUCAUUGCGAUCUACAUUCUCACUCAUAGAGGCACUCUGUGUUCCUACUGUUGCUGUUAUUGAAGGAGCAGCAUUAGGUGGUGGACUUGAAAUGGCUUUAUCUUGUGAUCUUCGCAUAUGUGGAGAAGAUGCAGUAUUGGGUUUGCCAGAAACAGGACUUGCCAUAAUUCCUGGUGCAGGUGGGACACAAAGACUUCCUAGGUUGAUUGGAAAAUCACUAGCAAAGGAACUUAUAUUUACUGGCCGCAAGAUUGAUGGCAGAGAGGCCAUGUCAAUGGGGCUUGUCAAUUACUCUGUCCCUGUUGGUGAAGCUCAUUCAAAAGCACUUGAAAUUGCUCGGGAGAUUAUUCAGAAGGGUCCAAUAGCAAUUAGGAUGGCAAAAAAGGCCAUCAAUGAGGGACUUGAGAUAGAUUUACCAUCAGCUUUGGAAUUGGAAGAAGAGUGCUAUGAGCAGCUCUUGAACACAAAAGAUCGCUUGGAAGGCUUGGCAGCAUUUGCUGAAAAGCGGAAACCAAGGUACAGAGGGGAAUAAAAAGAGAAAAAAUGUUCCUGGACAAGUUUCUUAGGAUUAAAUGCCAUUCUUCAUACAAUUUGUGCCCAUGAGCAAAUGUGCAUGCCAGACAGUAUUAAAUUUGUAUAAAUUAUUAAUAAAGAAAAUAGCAAGCAUUCAUCUUGUCUGUCAUAAUCAAUUUGGUGAUGUUUAGAAUGUAUUGUUGGUU